AUGAAUCCUGUCAAUAAUAUAUUACUACUGUCAUUAAAGCACGACCUGAAAAGUAUAAACGGAAUCAAUCUACAACUCUUGCGUUAUUUGCCCGAGUUUCAACUGAAAUCGUGGUUAUUUCCCACAAAGAAAUGUACAGAAAUCGACACGAAAGUGGUAGGAGACAAUCAGUAUUUGAAACUGUUAGAAUACAUUGUCGAUAAAUUAUAUUUGAUGGUGAAUUUAAUGGCAAAGUUUUUGGAGGAUAAAAGAUGCCAGCAGCCGCCAUUCAAAAGCAUGGAAGCGCCAAGUAGUUUAUCACUUGGAGGAGCGAGCAAACUGCUGUGGCAGAAACUUGAAGGUUUAAAAUCUGUAGAAACGUCGAAAUUUGACCCGCCCUCAUUUGAUGCGAGCUCAUCCCUGUCGUGUGAUCGCUAUUCCCAAACGCCAGUUGAACCAAUUUCUUGCAAAAACUGUGCUGUAUCAAUAACUUGCGUCAGAUCCAUAAUGGAUGAAUUACAGGAUUACAAAAGGUGUACACUUCUUAGUGCGUUAAGGCAAACUCUCAAAGAAGAUAUAUACGAUAGGUCUCAAUAUGGAUGUUUAACACAAGUAUCACAAGCGAUCAUCGAAGAAAUACGGACACAAAUGAGCCACUUGGAGACACUGCAAGCCGAAAAUAUCAAAAUGCGUACGAAACUUGACUCAAAAAACACCAAAUACAAACACUCGGUAGAGAUAAUUAGGCAAACUAAUAAAUCUCUACAACAGUCCAAGACCGUGGCCAAGAAUGAAACGCUCAAAAAUAACUCUUUGUCAAAAACGAUCAAUGAUCUUCGGCAGAGUAAUACACAGCUGGAGCACGAACUGGCAUUUUGCGAACAGCAUGUCUCGACGCAAGCGUCGGAUCUAGCCCUGAGUGCUACUAACUGCGAACUUUUAAAAACCAGCUUGAAAUCUGUCAAGCUAGAGAAUGCUAAUCUAAGUGAAGAAAUCAAUUCUUGCAAGAAAAUGUUGGCAAAGACGGAUUCAGAGAACAAAACCCUUAGGGCUGAAUUGGACUCGUGCGAUAAACUCGAGGAUUUUAAACGUUCUAUUGUUGAAAUUAACAUUGCGUGUCGAUUCACCUUCGAAAAAUUACAAAAGAUUAAUUUGCAAAUUGAGAAAAGGUCGCAUAAUUUGGAAAAUUUAGCUGACAGAGUUGCGGAUUUUAUUGAUCAAAGAAGGAUCAAUCAGAAUAAGAGGACCAAAGCACUUAGACAAACUCUGCCGGAAAUUACGGGUGACCCCGUCGCUGACAUGAGGAAACAACUGAUAAUUAAUAAAGCAUCAAUAAAGCAACUGGAAAGCGAUAAUCGCAAAUUGGUAGAAACAAUCCAUAAAAUUCAAGACACAUCUUUAAAGCAUUAA